AUGACUUCCGUAAAGCUCGUGGAAACCGAAACUAUCUUCUAUUUCCGCCAUGAAGGAGAUGUCGCAAAUGAUGAGGUUGAAAAUAUUGAGCUGAUUGGAGAAGUCAAUCAUGCGUAUGAAAAAUUAUUGAAGAGCAAAGAAGGAAAUGAGGAUAAAUUUAUGGAGAGAGGGAUGCAGACUUUUAAUCCGAUGAUGAAGCCGCUUCCUGGAGUCAGGGCAUCGACGGAAAUCAAACAAAAAAUCCAAACCGACAAAAUCACCUUCGCCGAGGCCGGCUCCCAAGUGUCCGACUAUCUCCUUGAAAACAUCAACGAGUCAUCCUCAGAAAACCCAACGCCGCUACUCUCCUCGCCUGAUCGAAUCAACGAGGAAGACCUGACAAAAUCAAGCGGCAAAGUCGGAUCAAUGAUGAUGUCGACCGCUUCCGCUUCCAUGGCCAGUUCAAAAUCAGCGGUCAUCAGUACCAGAAACAAAGCGGCGAAGAUCGAGCAAGAGAAAAACUUCAAAAAUAUUCUCUCGUCCUCUCAAUUUUCGAAUUCACUGAAGUUGGUGGAAAGAGUCCUUUCGCAAAAUAUUCACAACGCGCAAGUCGGAACUUUCAGAAAUUCAAGCGCUUUGGAUAUCAUGGGAGAAAACUGGAGCUUGCCGAAUGAAGUUGGAUUUCAUACUCUCUGGGAAUACAGUUGUGCGGAAACAAGCGGGUUGGUCGUCAACCACGUGACCUGGCAUCCAACAGACCCGGAUCUGAUCGCAGUCGCGUACGGUUUUCUCGAUGAAGAAGAUCAAUCUCGAUCACGUGGUCUCGUCGCCUGCUGGACGAUCGCCAAUCUCGAGCAUCCAACCCGAUUAUUUUCCUUCAACUCGCCAGUUUGCAAAGUUUCAUUUGCUGAAUUGCAGAAUUAUCUCGCUGUUGGACUGUACAGUGGAGAAAUCUCAGUGAUAAAUAUCAAAGCAAAGGAUUCGAUGUUGAACACAGUUGAUUCUCAGGGAAAACAUAUGGGCCCUGUUUGGGGGCUUCAAUGGAUCAAGAGAGAGAGAGGCGGAGACGAAAAGCAAGAAGUCCUUGUCUCAGCCGCUGGAGACGGCAGAGUCGUCCAAUGGACCAUCAGAAAAGGUCUUGAAUUCCUCGAUUUGAUGAAGGUCAAGCGCUCUCAGCCAAAAACGCGAAAAACGAGGGAGAAAAAAAGCUCGAAUACGAAGAUAUCGCACUUUUCUCCAAACACGGCGCUUGCGUUUUCGCCAAAAAACGACCAAACUUAUCUUGUUGGAACGGAAGAAGGGUUGAUUCAUCGAUGCAGCUGCGCGUACAAUGAACAGACAUUGGAUACAUACAAGGGUCACGGUGGGCCUAUUUACAGUAUCGAGUGGCAUCCAACUGUAGAUCGACUCUUCGCAAGUGCGUCUGAAGACUGGAGCAUUCGAAUUUGGGAUCAAAAACACGAAAACCCCCUUGCCAUCCUCCUCACCGCCGGGCAAAGACCUGUUUUUGACAUUUGCUGGUCUCCUUAUGCUCAGACGAAACUAUUGUCGGUAAAUGAUCGAACGCUAGAAAUUUGGGACUAUUCAAAGUCGAUUUUGGACCCGAUUUCUUCAACGACCUUAAAUUCGCCAUCGAAAUCAAUUAAUUUUGCGCCUCAUUCUGAUUCGAUAUUUUUGGGCGAUUCUGAUGGAAAAGUUUUUGUUAAAAAGACGGUUGGAAUCAGAAGCGCAGAAGACGCGGAAAAGGUCUUUCUCGAACUUGUUCAAAAUACUUUCAAGAGCCAAAAAGAUGUUUCAAAAUAA